UGCUCUUGUGUACACGAUGAAUGUCCAGCGUGCGCCGUAUGUCUGUGCUAAAUGCUCAGUGCAGGCGUUGCGUGCUCCUCUCCGUCGCCCGUUCCGUCGAACCCUCCCGCUGAACUGGCAGCGACGUCAUAACAGCCAUGCCGUGCAGACCGAUCGGCCAUUUCGCGUUGCCAUUGUGGGGUCUGGGCCGGCUGGAUUCUACGCUGCAUACAGGCUCCUGGGCAAGGUGGACAAUGCGGUAGUCGAUAUGUACGAGAAACUACCGGUCCCCUUUGGUCUGGUGAGAUACGGAGUUGCACCGGAUCAUCCGGAGGUCAAGAACUGCGAAGAAAAGUUCACCGAAGUCGCAGAGUCGCCACGAUUCAAUUUCGUCGGAAACAUCGAACUGGGCGAUAACCUUCCUCUCCAGACCCUCAAACCGCACUACGACGCCAUCCUGUUCUCGUACGGAGCUCCCAAGGACAAGGACCUCGGGAUCCCGGGAGAGAAAGCGAUCAAGAACGUUUACUCGGCUCGAGAGUUUGUCGGAUGGUACAACGGACUGCCGGAGCAUCGAGACCUUGCGCCCGAUCUCACCGCCGGAGAAAACGCCGUGAUUGUGGGACAGGGUAACGUGGCGCUGGAUGUCGCGAGAAUCCUGCUCUCGGACGUCGACGCUCUACGCAAGACUGAUAUCGCGGACUAUGCGCUGGAUGCGCUCUCUAAGAGCAAGAUUAACCGGGUGCGAGUGGUCGGUCGGCGAGGGCCCUUGCAGGCCGCCUUCACCAUUAAAGAGCUGCGGGAACUACUGCAGCUCCCUGGGGUCGCCUUUGACCAGAUCCCACGGGACCUGUUCCCGCCGGAAGAUGUUAUGGCGGCUCUCCCACGAGCCCAGAAACGGCUCGUCCAGCUUCUUGCGAAGGGAUCGGCCAAUGACCCCGCUAGUAGCAGCAAGUCGUGGUCUUUGGACUUCCUACUCUCCCCGGAAUGUCUCAACUGGUCCCCAGUCUAUCCCUACCGCAUGUCCCACGUCAAAUUCUCUCGCAACGAACUCGACCCGUCAGACCCCCACUCACCCAGCGCGAAAGUAACCCCCAAAUACCUGUCCAGCGGCAACCGCGCGCAGGUGAACAUCCUCGCGAGUACCUUUUUCCGCAGCGUCGGCUACAAAUCGCUGCCGUUGACCGGGCUCGACGAUCUCGGGAUCCAAUUCGACACAAACCGGGGCGUGAUUCCGAACGACGGAUUCGGACGAGUCACCAGCCCGAAGAACACCGGCACCAACGAAGAACUCCCCGACGGAUCGCUCAUCUCGCAUCUCCCGGGCCUGUACUGCGCCGGGUGGGUGAAGCGCGGCCCGACAGGGGUCAUUGCCACGACGAUGACGGACGCGUUUAGCACCGCUGACGCCAUCGCGGCGGAUCUGACGAGCCAGAGCCAAGCGUCCCUGCUGAAUGCUCCGGGCCAGAGCACCGGUCUUGGCUGGGAAGGCGUCCGCCCCGAGGUCCAGAAGCGCGGGCUGCAGGCUACGUCGUGGCAGGACUGGCAGCGCAUCGACGCGGCGGAGCGCGAUCGCGGAAAGGCCCAGGGGAAGACCCGGUCGAAGUUCGGUCGGGUGGCUGAGAUGUUGGAUGUGGUGGGUUGAUUGGACCCUUUACAUGAAUGCAUUAGCAUCAAAUAGACUGUAUAAUAAAGACUAGAUACCAUCUCC